GGGGGGGGGGGGGGGGGGGGGGGGGGGGGGGGGGGAGGGGGGGGGGGGGGGGGGGGGGGGGGGGGGGGGGGGGGGGGGGGGGGGGGGGGGGGGGGGGGGGGGGGAGGGGGGGGGGGGGGGGGGGGGGGGGGGAGGGGGGGGGGGUGGGGGGGGGGGGGGGGGUUUCAAAUAUUUGUCGGGCGGACAUUAG